CUCUCGAAACAAACAUGGCAGCUUGCUGCUGCUGCUGCACAGUGUGCGAAGGUUGCUGUUAAUUUGAAAGGUUGUCACAGAAAUACAUCGAACAUGCUCGGCCUGACAAUAAGGGAGGUGUCUUUGGCACUCAGGGAGGGAAGAAUCUCCCCAACAGAGCUUUGUAGGAGGUGUCUGAACCGUAUCAAGAACACUCAACAUCUCAAUGCUUACAUUACUGUGACGGAGGAGUCGGCACUGAAGCAGGCUCUUGAGUCAGAAACCAGGCUGCUGCAAGGUGCCACCAAAGGUCCUCUGGAUGGAAUUCCCUUCGCAGUCAAGGAUAACUUCUGCACAGAGAAUAUCAGGACCACAUGUGCUUCCCGGAUGCUCAGAGACUACACUCCACCAUACAAUGCUACAGUAGUGCAGAAACUCAUGGACCAAGGCGCUGUUCUGGUGGGGAAGACCAACAUGGAUGAGUUUGCCAUGGGUUCAGGAAGUACUGAUGGGGCUUUUGGUCCAGUAAGGAACCCCUGGAGCUAUGCCGCUCCCUACAGAGAGCAGACAGGGGCAGAGCCCGACUCCGACUGGGUCGUCACUGGAGGAAGCUCAGGAGGAAGUGCAGCAGCCGUGGCCUCGCUCACUAGCUACCUGGCUUUGGGUUCAGACACGGGUGGUUCUACUCGUAACCCAGGAGCACUGUGUGGUGUCGUGGCCCUGAAGCCGACCUACGGUCUGCUGUCCAGACAUGGUCUCAUCCCUCUGGUCAACUCCAUGGACGUCCCCGGCAUUAUGACCCGCAGUGUCAGUGAUGCAGCCGUCGUCUUAGGUAUCCUUCAAGGCCAUGAUACUAGAGACUCAACAACAAUUCCUGCCCCUUCAUCCCUGACAGAGCUACCUGAGGACUUUGAUGUCAAGAACAUCUGCAUAGGUAUCCCUAAGGAGUACCACGCCCCAGGGCUGUCUGAGGAGACUCUAGCUCAGUGGAGUCGUGUUGCUGACAUGUUUGACAGAGCGGGGGCGAGGGUGAAGCAAGUAUCCCUCCCACAUACACAAUACUCCAUUGUGUGCUACCACGUCCUGUGCCACGCUGAAGUUGCAUCCAACAUGGCCCGUUUUGACGGCCUCGAAUACGGCCACCGUAGCGAGGUGAACAGCUCGACAGAGGCCAUGUACGCUUCAACUCGACAUGAGGGCUUCAAUGAUGUCGUGAGAGGGAGGAUUCUGUCCGGGAACUACUUCCUGCUUAAACAGAACUACCAGCACUACUUUGUUAAGGCCCAGAGAGUCCGCCGGCUGAUAGCGGACGAUUUCAAGCAUGUGUUCAGCUCAGGUGUCGACAUGCUGCUAACACCCACCACUCUGACUGAUGCAGCCCGUUACUCUGACUUCAAACAGGAAGACAACCGAACACGCAGUGCGCAGGAAGACAUCUUCACCCAGCCCGUCAACAUGGCAGGUCUCCCUGCUGUUUCAGUACCAACCGCAUUAUCAAGACGAGGUCUUCCCAUUGGCUUACAGCUCGUUGGCCGUGCCGCGCAAGACAGGAAGAUGCUCAGUGUUGCUCAGUGGAUUGAGCAGAGGGUUGGGUUUCCCUCCAUCAGUGAUUGUGGCAACUCUAGCGAGGUCAGCAAUGACACAAGAAUGAUGGAAAGGGAGCAGACUUCAGCUGUAUGAAGAGAACUGUGGACACAAGGACACACCUAUUGACAAAGUCACUAAUUACAGGCACAUAUGGACAAUGGACGUAAGGUUUAACCAUUAUGGACAUUGUUUACUUAUAAAAUGCCUUUUGGGGAUCUCAUCAGUGGGGUUAUCUCCAUCGAUCACAUGCUGUAGUAGCUUGGACUUUCCUUGAUGGACUGAAAAGAAUUGCAGCAUGUGAAAACCUCUUUAUUGUACAACAUGCUUCAUACUUUACAUGGAGGGAUGUGGUAUUUAAACAGUUGCUUCUGCAUUUGUUGUCUGAUGGUGCAACUAUUGUUAUUGAAUAAUUGUCGGUCUUUUGGAUGGUCAGUUGUUCCACUAGACUGAAAUAUCCCUACAAGACUAAAAUGGAUUGCCAUUAUAUUGUGUACAUUUGUGAUCCCCAGAAGAUAAAUCCUAGAGACUUUGGUGAUCCUCCGACUUUUCAGCUGUACCAGCUCCGUGUUAAGUGAUAAUUAAUAAAUGUUAGCACGUUAACACACUGAGAUAAUUAGCAUGAUGAACAUUAUUCCUACUCUUUCACAUCUCUAUCACAUCUUUUCUUCUAGUGAAGUUAGCACGCUAACCAGUUAUGCCUGCUAGCCACCACUUUCUGAUAGCGACUCACUGUAGCCUCCAAUGUUUUAUCUUGUAUUGUGAAGACAUCAAUGGCUGAACCUCUUGUCAAGUGACAAUCACCACCACCUGCUCCCAGCAAGAAACCAAAACCACCAAAACUUACAAAUAACAGUUUGCUUGUUUUAUAUCAGAUGCGGCUUUUUCAAGUAGAUUUUCACCGCAGGUCUAAACAGGAUCUUUGAUGGCUGAGAUAGAUUUAUACUUUAGUUCCUAUGCUUGUCAAGAAAUUAUUAUUGUACCUCUUAUUACAAAAUUUUUGUCCUCUUUCUGGCAGAUUGACUUGAUUUUUCCUGACAUUUCCAGAACAUGGUUGUAAAGAGGUCGGCUAAUCUCACAUGCGACACACACCGUUUGGCAUUAUCUAUGUCACAAGUCUAGACCCUGUCUCAAAUUUCCCUCUCCAGUCCCUACAGGUUGACAAAUUGUGCAGACAUUUUGAAAGUUAUGAAAACACUAAACAAAUAUUUCUGCAAGUGUGUGUCUGAGAAGAAAAACACGUUGGUCCAUUUCCAUGAAAUUGAAAUGAAUAACAACUUUGCAUGACCAAACAUGACACAGACUCUUAGAAGCAUUUUGGCUCAAGCAGAUACUUUCCCUGAAAUACUAAGACUCACCACAUUAAAGUGUUGGAAUCAAUUCAAGUGAAAUCAAUCCAGUCAGCCAAUUGUAGUUCUGGAAUCUGGCCUAAAAUAAGGUGCUACGCUGAGUGCUUACAGAGCCCACAAUAACCUGCUCCCAGCUGACUCCAGUUUCACAUACACAAGUGUUCAUGAUUAAUCCUGAUACUGUAACUCAGUAGAGUUUGCAAAAAGAAGAGCACAAGAGGAUACGUUUACAUGAAUGCUUUGC